AUGUUGAGUGAUGACCAAUUUAGAAAGUUGUUGGGAGUUGGCUUGAUCAAAAAGUCUUCUCCAGCAACCAACAAGACAAUGGAAACACAAAAGACUACACAAACCUCUCAAUCCGAUAAUUUUCUCACUUCCUUGUUGAAUUCGGAUACACCUAGUAUGGAGGAUGAUUCGUUUGGAACGAGUCAACAUUCACAAUAUGUUGAUAAACCAUCUGUAGUAGUACAACAAAAACAACCAGUAGAAUCACUUGGAAAGCCUUCUUCACAAAAUGUAACAAUACCUCCUCUCACUCAUAAUAUGGAAACAUCAUCAUCGUCUCCUUCAAUAGUAGCAAAAACAUCUAUGGAAGAACAAAUUGAUAAAGCCUUUGAUGAAUUGACUCAAAUGGAUGAUGUUGAUUUGAUUUCAACCCCCAAAAAGAAUACUCAAACAAAUAAUGUAAAUAAUGUAAAUAAUAAGGACGAUCAAGUAAGAGUUGAAUUAAUUGAUGAAAUGGAAUAUUUGGAAACAAGUUCACCAAAACCAUCUUCUCCUUUAAUUGAAGAACCAGAGAAGGAAGAAGAAAAAGAAAUUGAAGAGGAAAAAGAAAUUAGAGAAGAAUCAGAAUCAGAGAAAAAUAUUUGGGAAGAAUCUGACGACAAUUCUCAAACACGUCCAAGAACAUCAAGGAGAAAGAGAACGCCUAAGAAAUCACCCAAGAAGAAAGUAGAAACACCAAAGAAAUCUCCAAAAAAGCAAACCACUCCAAAGAAACAAACUACCCCAAAGAAAUCGCCCAAGAAGAAAAUUGAUACCGAAUCUGAAGACUCUGAGGAAGAGAAGAGUAAGAAGAGAAAAUCUCCAGCAAAAUCAAAGAAAUCUCCUGCCAAAAAGUCUAAGAAACAAGACGAUGACGAAUGGGAUGAGAAAUAUAAUGAGGAAAUCAAAAGACUGAAGGACCAAUUUGCAUUGGUGGACAAGACGAAACUGGUCAAGCACACAGUUGGCAAUUUAAAUACUACUCACUUUAGUGAUAUCUAUAAUGAAUAA